UGGGACUGGGCCCAACUACAGUUGGGACAAUUCUAAACUUGGGAUGGAACAUCUUUUCUACGCAGUGCGAACCGGCAACGUUUUUGGCUUCCUGUCAAAAAUUCAGCAUGUUUUCGGUUUAAAUAUGUAUAUUUUCUUCAUUUAGAGCUAUGUCAUAUGGUAAUGUUAUUGUAGAGGUAUCGAGGAACAACAUUACAAAAACGGUUUCCUUAGAUAGUUCAUCACAUAUUUACGGUUGGCAAGUCAUUCAAACCAUUCAGGAUGGGGAAGAAAACAGCACUGCGUCAAAAAACAUCAUUUUGAGGAAUAACAAUGGAGUCCGACUUCUGCCAACCAAAAAAUUACAACCAGCCACAAAAAAGAAGACAAAGACAAAUCUGAGGCACCUGCAUGCACAGAUAAUGGGUGAAGGCGGAGUCAAGGAGAAUGGGGAACAGGGUGACAAGGUUCAAAGGCCAUACAGAGGUGCUGGCAGUGAAUCUGAACAUCAUCCCCAUAGUCAUUCCAGCACAGACCAUCCUGAAGCAUCAAAAGACACACACCAAGAAGAAUCGAGUCAAGUGUUCGCACCAACUGAGAACAAGAAGAGGAAAGUCCAAUGCAGUGAGGCGGGAGACUCAUCAAAACAUACAUUCAAAAAAGGUAUAACCGAUGAUCAGACCUCAUCAAAGAUGUCCACUCGACUGACAGACUCUCUAGAGCAUGAAGUAAUAAGGGACUUGAGAACCAAGCCUCAACUGGAGGAUAAACGAUGCCAAGAAUGUGGAAGCACAGGAGCGAGACGAAGUACUCUCAAGAUUGGAUUCAAAAGAAGUCAUGGCUGGAUCGGAGACGAAUCCCCUCCUCAAAGUACAGUGAACCGAACUCUGAGUCAGCGAGGGUGCCCUGCAUGCCAGUCCAAUAAUGACUGCCAAACAAAGGAACCCAGAAAAACUAAAAUUCUGGGCGUGACUUCUUGCGUUGAUACUCAUACAAAGACUGAUUCAAUCUUUGCAAGUAAAGCAAAACAGGUUCCAGAAAAGGGUACUACUCUUAAGGCUCGAAUUUCUUUAAAUAAAGGGUCAUUUAGAGCAGUGUCUGAUAAACCUGCUGCAUUUAAAAGCAGAUAUUUUCCAAAGGGAGAUAGUGAAGAUUCAGCCAGUUCAACAAACAAAACUCUUGAAAUUAAGAGGAAAUCCGCUAAAAGCAGCAAAGCAAACACAUCUCAUGAGCCCAUCAGCUCUUCAACUCAAAUCAACAAAGACAUUAGCGGAUCAUCUCUGGUUGAAUCAACUGACAGCAGUUGUGGAUAUCCCUCUUCGAACGUCAACAAUAGCAGAAAGACGUCUGCGGAGGUACUUAUUAACACUAACAGCUUACAUCAGUGGGUUUCAACAACUAUGGUUGCUGAUGCUGGAAAUUCAGCAUGCGAUGAACCUGAUGUUUCAACAAGUGAUGAUACGGACUGCAUCGUAAAAAGUAAACAAGCAACCAAAGUAACCAAAGAAAGGAAAGUUCCAGCUGUUAUCAGUAGCAAACAUUCUAAAAAUGCUGAGAAAGAAGGGGAUAUGUCAUCAAGCAAAAGUGAGGAUCAAAGGGCUGAGUGUUCAUCCACAACUGAUACCCUCAACGAAACUGCUAACUCUGUUCAUAACAAAUUUAAGAUUAUCCACACCCAAGGACCUAUGGCUCCAAGAAAAUCAGCUACAAAAUGUGUUGAUAUUGUAGCAAAACAGUUUGAAAAUGGAAUUCAGCAGAAGUUUCACUUGAUCAAUUUACAAACGGUUCAAAGUGAUCCUUUAGAUCUAGUUGACAACUUUGUCGAGAAUGGCGUAAAGGAUGGGCUGCAUGAACCCAAAGAGGUUGUUAAUAAUGGGGAGCAGAGUUUCAUUGACGAUCUUCAUGAUGAUGAAAUAAAUUCAAUUCACACAGACUGUGAUUCAGAAGAACCGGAUAGAGGUACACAAGCUAGUUCGUACAUAUCUGACGAUGUAGUAAUCAUCAAUAUCGGCAGGAAUGAACUAAGACGCUCAGACCUAGAUACACUACAAGAAGGAGAGUGGCUCAAUGACUGCGUGAUCAAUGCUUACUUCAUUCUUCUUGGUGAUGUUUCUCCACUCAAUGUCUUCAGUCAUAGCUCCUUCUUCUUCUGGUCCUUAUAUAAGAGAGGUUAUGAAGGAGUGAAACGAUGGACAAAGAAUGUUGAUUUAUUUGCCCAGGAUGUAAUCUUCAUACCAGUUCAUAAUAAGAGUCAUUGGACGCUGGUUGCAGUUGAUGUGAAGAAAGGCAUUAUUGAAUAUUAUAAUUCAUCAACGUUCCAUGACGGAUAUCCACAUAGUGUAAAACACAUACAGCAAUACCUGAAGGAUGAAGCAGUACAUCGUGGGAAGACGGAGUUCUGUAACUUCAACUGGGAGAUGUUUAUCCUGGAUCAAAUCCCCCGGCAACAGAACAGCGAUGACUGUGGGCUCUUCAUUUGCCAGUAUGCCAAGAAGAUAUGUCUACAGCAGAAGAUGAACUUCAACGCUGAGAGGACGAAUGUUCUAAGACAACAGAUGCUGCAUGAGUUGAUGCAUGAAGAAAUAGACAAAGAGGAACCCAAGGAUGGAAAGAGCUGAUGCAGGAUUACAUGAACACC